ACCUGCGACUGCAAGAAUCCGAGGAUAACACAACAUAAAACAAAUGGAUAAACAGAUUCAUCUACUCAACGGCUGCUGGUCGUUGGGUUCCAUCGACCUAGCAACUGUUGGAUUUGAAACGAAACCUAGCACCUGCUGGGUUCAAUCACCUGUUGGGUUCGAAAUCGAACCCAGCACUUGCAGGAACCUAGCAGCUGCUGGGUUCGAAGCACCUGCAGGAACCCAACAGCCGCUGGGAAUUAGAUACGUGUACGAACGGAAGUUGAUCCAUACAUGUGCCCUUGAUAUUCUGCGUAGCACAGCUGAAGAAUUAUCGAGAUUGAACGCGGAAGAAGUAAUUGAGAGUAGAGUCGUCCCGGCCUUUUUCCAAUCUAUCCAGCAUGGCAUAACAGAAUUUUAUGAAAUUUUAGUAAGAACUAAUCUAGAUAUAUUGGGAUGCCCCGUCGAUGGAAAGACAGAGAAUUUUGCCACUUACGCAAUCGAAUGUCGUCAAGAGAAGCUUUUUCGUAGGUUUAACCGUAGAGAAGGCCAUUUAUUGGCUUUGGGGAUAGAUGACGAUGGCAACAAUGCUCUUCACAUAGCAGCAAGGUUAGGUCCUGAGUCUUAUCUUGCUCUUUUUUCAGGCGCAGCCCUUCAAAUGCAGAAGGAAUUGCAAUGGUUCAAGGAAUUUGAGUCUAUUGUUCCAGAGUGUAAAGGCUGGGUGAAUCACAAUGGAGAAACUCCUUGGCAAGUGUUUACCAGGGAUCACAUGAACUUGUUAAAAGAAGGUGAAGCAUGGAUGAAGCAAACAGCACAAUCUUACAUUAUAGUUGGUUCGCUCAUUAUCACUACUGUGUUUGCAGCUGCUUUUUCUAUUCCCGGCAGUAACAAUGGAAAUGGCUUCCCCAUAUUCUCACAUAAGAGAUUAUUUUUGACAUAUAUAACGUCAGAUGCAAUUUCUUUGUUCGCCGCAUCUACUUCAGUGCUGACGUUUUUAGGAAUCCUCACAUCUCGCUACACUGAAGAAGAUUUUCUUAAGCCAUUGCCCACCAUGUUGGUCAUCGGCAUUCUCACGCUCCUCAUUUCUGUUGCAACAAUGUCGGUAGCUUUUUGUGCUACUGUUUCAAUUAUGUUACAGGAAAAAUGGUGGGUAGUCAUCUCGCUAGUUUUGGUCGCCAGCAUUCCGGUCGUUGUCUUUUUGUCAUGGCAAUCUCGGCUUCUUUUUGAGAUUUUGGUGUCAACUUAUGGGCCAGGAAUCUUUGAAAGGAAGAGAUUCUUCAUAAGAGAAAGGAUAUUAUCCAUAAUGAGAAAAUUUACAGGGAAAGUUACGAAGAGAAGGGAGUAGUUAAUUAACGACCUUCUAUAUCUUCUAUGGGUCAUAUGAUUUGGCUUUUAUAUGUACGAUAGCUGUAAUUAUUGAAUGUGUGUGAUGAUAUUAAUAAACUUUCUGGUAAUGU